AUUGCUUCGAUAGCGACCCCUGUAGUACCAGCUAACGUUAGAACUGCGACUUUUGAUGUUGUUACUUGUAUACAUGGUUUAGAAACUUCGUUUUGAAUUAGUUUAAGCGAAAAAUAUAAAUUUGUUCAAAAUAUAGGUCUCAUUGUUUAUUAUUUUCUUUUUUGUGCAUUGAAAAUUUAAAAUUACAACCCCAAAAUAUAAAUUUGGAAAUUUGUUAAUGAUUAGGAGUGCUUUCGAUCGCACCGCAGUUUGAAGAUUAUCCACGCCUGGACUUCGGGGGUGCGCUCUUUCGGUCAGUGUGCCGUUGGCCGCUUGUGUUGUGUUAGAGCAGCUAGCAGAUCAAUCAUCGAAUCAAGCCUGCUGGCCUGACUAAGUUUUGGCUCUACGACCUCACCAGUCUUACAAGUAGAGAUCACACCUUAAAGUGUGAUUAAAGGGUAUUUUCAAUAAAAUGGCCACUGUUGCUACUCCACAUUCAAAUGGCGGCAUUCUUCGACAAACGCCUCCAAGUUCGCAAGAAAGUGAGGCAGUAACUGCUAGCAAUACUGGAAAAUUCAAAGACAGAAACCCUGACAUGACUGCGGCAGGAAAACUCAUAACAAUGGAAGGAGAGACAACGAGAGAUUGUAUGAAUAUUCCAAGGGUUCUUACUCCACCACUUGUUAAGAAAUUCCGCAACACAACACGACCUGAGCCCCAAGUCAGGAGAGUUUUCUAUGGGAAAGCAGAUGACCCUGACGUUGCCUCUCCUGUAUCUCAUGGUGUUAUUACUACAGGUUCAUUAAAGGCUGGAGAAGUUGUCAACCCCAAACCAAAGACGCUUUUUGAGCAACGGCUUGCUGACAAGAAAGAAUCUCAGUAUGCCAGUAAGCAGAAAGCACCUCUUGGCUCAUCACAUGAUCAGAGGCCUGGCCUUCCCAAGGACAUGAACCCUCUUGAGAAAACAUUUGGCACUCCAAAUAUCUUUGAUUGUUCGGCUGGAGAGCUUGUGAGUCCAUCGAAGACAUACCAGCAAGUUUAUGUCGAGAGUGAAGAAGGUCGUGACCUCUACAGGAAAACACAUCAUAACUUUCAUGUUGGAGAGCCAGUUGACAGGGAUUAUGACUGGUCACAGUACCCCAAAGAUGGAUUAUUUGGCAUCCCCACUCCACACGACAAUGAUGGCAAGAACGUCUCUCAAACUUUGAAAUGGCUGCGAAAUGAUCAGUUGGAUAAAGGCACCAAGAUCGUAUCCAAACGCGUUGAUGACUUCAGGGAGCGUACCCAGCCUCAGCUUGGACAGGUCCAUGACCCCAUCAAAGAUACCCUGACAGUUCCUCCUGACCACUCCUUUGGUAUCCUGAUCAAACCUGAUGAAUAUGGAGCAGGGGAUCUUAUGCAUGGAAGGUACCCUGGUAGCUAUCUCAGGGGGAAAGACAGAGAAAGGGGACUUGUAGCCGCCAUCAGACAACAGCUUAAGAAAGCCAACUAUCACAAUUUUAACAACCUGCAGGCUGCAUUUAAUCAUUAUGACAAGAAUGGUGACGGCAAGGUAGACAUCAAUGAGUUACGGCUCUGCUGUGAUCAGUUCAGUCUUCCCAUAGAACCAGAGCUCUUAGAGCAGCUCAUUCUCUACUGCGAUGCCAACUCAGACGGCUGCAUCGAUUACAACGAAUUCGCGAACUUCCUCAACUGGAAGGACAAGAUGAACGAAGGAGAGAGACUAACCAACCCUGCAUCUGCUACUGUGAAAGAUGAAGCAGAGGGAACAAAGGAAGGAACACCUGAAAGAAUGAAGAAGCAGAUAGACCAAGCCAUUGGUGGUCAUAGAACCUCUGCUCAGAUGAUCAAUGCUGUGGUCGGUGGAGUCUCCACGAAAGGUUACAGAACUUAUGGUGUACCAACCGUCCGAAGCGAUAUCGCAGCUCCAAGAACAAAACGAAUCAGUGACACAAAGAAUUAUGGUGAUGAAUCUGAUGCAUAUGGUCUUAUCAAUCCAUCUAUGUACAGUAAUAAGGGUAUCUAUGAGAAGGACUUUUUCCAGCCAAGAGAACCAGAACAAAUCAAAGGAAUUUUUUCCGACAUUGGUGUUGAGAUGGAUCCAGAGACAUUCCAGAAGCUAUGGAUGGUAGCAUCUUCAAGGAGUGAUGGAGGUCAGGUCAGUGUGGAAAGCUUUAGGAAUGUCUUAGAUGAGGUCCAAGCCUUGCAACUAACUGAUGAAGCUCAGACGCUAGGAAGACCAGAACUGGUUUAAGCCACAUUCCCAUCUAGCCACCUCAGAACUCAUUUAAUGGUCAUGAGGAAAAAUAUAAGUGAUGGAUGUCACAAAUUUGAACUACCACAAAUAUUGCAAAGAUGAGAAAGUUUACUGCAGAAUCUUUCAUAUUGAUAUGAACUGUGUCCAUUCUUCAAGUGCUGAACCAGUGACCUAUUUAUUUGGCUUGUGCAUUACUCCAUUUCAAGUCAUGUGCCAAGAUUCAAAUUUCACAAGGAAAUCAACAUUUUGCAUAUAUUUUGGGGGGAAAGGAGAUUAUUUUACCACAGAUUUGUCAUGUGGGGAAGAUAAAAUUUUACAAUAAUUCUGAUGUCAUUUGAGCUCUCCAGACUCAAAUAUAAAGAAAUUGAUGGAAUAAAAUAAAAGUCAUUUUUAGCUAGGAAUUAUUCACCUGAAUUAGAUGUGUACAUUUGAUUAUUAUGUACACAUUACAAUGCUCUAUUUGAUAUACAAAUGUACAAACCAGUCUUCUUCAUGAUUAAUUGUACUUAAUCUAUGCAAGUGCACAUCACUCCACCCAUCUUUUUUAUCAUCAAUAUUUCAUUUUGUCAAUUUGUUUCAUACAAUCUUGAUUAUUAGGUGGGGUUCAUAUAGUAAGAAAGGAAACUUUGAAGAAAUGAGUUAUUAGUGAUAUGUAUCAUAUAUUAGGACUUGCAGAGAACACCAACCUGCUGAAUGCUGAUCAUUAUUUCCACUAUUUCUUCCAGUAUACUUCAUUAUUUCUAAAAGUGAACUACUAUAUGUAUGUGCCUUGAUUAAGCAGAUGUGCUUGUAGAAUUAGAUUUUGAAAAGUAAUUUUCUAAUUCCACCAUUCUAUGCACUAUUACAAGUGUUCUGCAGUAUUUUCACCCUACUACUGUUUACAAAUCUAUGUGUCUGUAUAUACAUGUGUUUAUCCAUUGGUGCAGAUCUAGCCAUGUUUGAAUACAUAAAUUGACUUGGUGCCUAUACAAGUAAAUCAUUUUGCUUCAAUAAGAUAUUUCAGUUUCAUCAUUGAUGUUGGGACACAAUGUAUGGGGAUUUUCAAAUUCAUUAUUUAAAUAUUGAAAGGUCAUGUCCACCCCAGAAAAAUGUAGAUUUGAAUAAAGAAAAAUCA